AUGCCGAAAAAGCCGAACUAUGUAGAGAUUCGACGCAAAACAUGGAAUAAAAUCAUUGAAAGUUUCGAAUACCUGACAGCGUGCGCGAUCGCUUUAUGGAAAGUGGUGGAUUUGGACCGUUUGGAGAUGCUGGUGAAUUGGAGCUAUUUGGCAUUACAAUUUUCGGAUGUUUGCGAUGACGAGACACUGAUGAAAUUAAAGCUAGCCAAAGACGAGGUGAGCGAGAAUUUAUGCGCCACAGUGCUGCUUGAGAAUGGGCAUUUGGUCGGUGAGCGGGCGGCCACUUUGGAGAGAAAUCUCGUCGACACGGCACUCCGAAAGGGAACAUCGAUUGCUAGGAUAAUGGAGAAAUCCAACCCGAUCACCGAGUUGCCCACCUCGAAAAAACCGCGAAUGGCCGACGGA